AUGUUGUCUGAUACUUUACUGUCUUUGUGGCAGAGGUUGGGGUUUGGAGUAUGUUGUCUGAUACUUUACUAUCUUUGUGGCAGAGGUUGGGGUUUGGAGUAUGUUGUCCCAUCUCUGCAGCUCCUCAGGACAGGUACCUGGUUCUCUCCCUCCAGGAAGGGGGGAUCAUAUGAUGGCCGGUCACCGUCCAGUGAGUCCUUGUUCCCCCCUAGGGAGUCAGAGCCUGCUUAUGGGUUUGAGGUGGAGCCACAGAGAGGCUACUGUCUGCUGCCCCUGCAGCUGGCUUUCCUGGGCCCCCAGGCCUGGACCCUCAGUUCCGUACAAGACUCCUCUCCUUUGCUGCUUUCCCUGAUGUGGUUAGAGUCUCAAGGACCUCCCCCUGACUUUACAUUGACCUUUCAAGCUAACAGAGGCUGUUUGUUCUGUGCCAGGUGCUGA